AUGGCAGUCGACGAGAAACAAGAAGUUGACCAACAUUCCUUUGAGGGUGAUCCUGUGAAGAACUCGGGCAGCUUGAAAGAAAAAGAUGAAGAACAUAAUGCUCAAUCAUACAUUCCACAGAGCGAUGAGGAAUAUAAUGUCACAGUCAAGACAUGGUGUGUAGUUUUGAUUCUCGCUAUGUCAUAUGGUAUCUCUUUCUGGAUUGUACCGGCAAUCAGCGCCUGCCAGGCUGUUACCGCCACUCAGCUCGGUGAUCCGAGUGCUGCUGCUUUCUAUGUUUCACUAUACACGGUGACCGUCACCAUUGCGUUCAUGGUUUGCGGAGCCAAUAGCGAUUUAUUUGGACGCCGGUGGUUCAUCGUGGGAGGGAAUGUCAUCCUCUUUAUCGGAUUUAUCCUGGGCGGUACAGCGAAGAAUAACACACAAAUGCUGGCUGCGAUGUCUCUCAUUGGAUUUGGAGCUGGUAACGCUCAACUUGCGGCCUUCGCACUUCCAGAACUCCUACCCAAUAAAUGGCGUGCAGCUGCAAUCGUGCUUGCUGAUAUUGGAGUCUAUUUCGCCGUAGUCGUAGGUCCCGUGGCUGGACGCUUUGCCGCCCAGAAUGGUGACUCAUGGAGGUGGCUAUUCUAUGGACCUGCAAUCGCCGUCUUCUUUAGCUUUCUGGGAUUGUACUUCUACUACUUCCCUCCAAAGCACCCUCGAGGUCUUCCAAUGAAACAAGCCCUUCGAGAACUCGACUAUAUCGGUGCCUUGCUCUUCACUGUCUCCGCUACUCUCAUCCUUGUCGGCAUCGUCUAUACCACAACCACACCUUCCAGUGAUCCAAAGGUCAUCGGCACUCUUGCCAGUGGCUUCGUAACGCUCGUAGCCUUCGCUCUAUGGGAGACUUUUGCACCACUGAAGCAGCCACUCACACCGACACACGUCUUCACCCGCGGCAAGGGUCGUGAGCUCACUGCCCCCUUUUGCGCGGGCUUCGUCGUGACAAUGUUUUACUACGCCGUAAACGUAAUCUACCCAACCAUGAUUGCAGUUUUCUUCACAAACGAGACGACGGACUACAGAUAUGGGAUAGUGCUGACAUUGCCAGGCAAUCUGGGAUUGUGUUUCGGCGCAGCACUGCUCACCGUAUUCGGCAGCAAGAUCGGUCAUUGGAAGUGGACGCUGACGGCCUCGGUCACUGUCAUGGUAGUGUUCGGUGCGCUGCUCGGGCUCGGAAAUCCAGAGCGGAAGGGCAUGAUGAUUGCCUUUGUCUUCCUUUGCCAGGUAGGCUUCGGUUGGGCGCAGUAUCUUUCCAUCGCCUUUAUCCAGUUCGGUGUUCCACAGGUCGAACUUGGUAUCUCCGGUGGUCUCGCUGGUGUGGCACGAUUUGCUGGCGGCGCUGUCGCUAUCUCUGUGUACACGUCAAUCUUGACAAACGUACAAUCCACAAACGCUGCAAGACUCGUUCCGGCUGCCGCCAUCGCCGCAGGUCUUCCCGCCGAUUCUGCUGCCGCACUCCUUGCCGCGAUUCCCCUCGGCUCAGCAGCUAUCGCCAAAGUGCCCGGCAUCACGAACGAAAUCGCAGCCGCGGCGGGUGCAGCCUUUCAGCAAUCAUACGUGGUUGGUCUCCGCACAACUGCACUGUCUAGUCUGAGUUUCGGUGUGAUUGCAAUCAUUGCAUGCCUCUUUUGCAACGAGAUCGAGCACAAGAUGAAUGAUAAGAUAGAAGUAUUCUUGGAGAAUGACGAGAACGCGGACAAGAACAAGUUCCAUUAG